CUGAAUUUUAGGUUGAGAGUAGCAAAACGUAACGUUAAAUGAAACGUCACAUCGUCAAGUCAGGUGAAGUGACAGUGUCAGCUCCAGAACUCAGCAUUCAUUCAUUCAGUCUGACAGCUUCGAGUUGUAAACAUUAAGUGCUGCAUUGAUUUCCACGUGCUCUUUUUAUCGAGUGAUUUAAGUUUAAAUUUAAAUAAUAAUAAUAUAAGUGAACAAAUAGUUACAAUUGUGCUACUUUAUUAAUGACAAAUUGACAUAAAAAAAUACCAUGGCUUCUACAUCUUUAGCGGAACAGCUGAAGAAGCUAUCAGUACCUCAAUCAACGAUCUAUAAGGACGACAAUAAAACAGUUUCAUUACUUUUUGACCCGAAAGAAGCCGCGAAUAAAGAUCGCGACACCUUUUAUGAAAUUGGAAUUAGCGGGUUGAGAGAACUAAUCGCAUUAUACGAAGGAUUCCGUGUGUUUGAAGAUACUCUAUUCAGCCUGUCAUCUAAGGACUUCGAAAGAGCUGUGCAGACCAAGGAGGUUAAUCAAAACCUCGAUCAGACCAUAGAGAAGUUUCUCCUCCAGUUAUCGCCUUACCUUCUCUUACAAUCCUCUCACAAAGCUCUAGAAUGGCUUAUUAACAGAUACCAUAUUCAGCAAUACAAUCAAGAUGCCAUCAUGGCAUUAAUUCUCCCGUACCAUACCACAAAUAUAUUUGUCAGAUUCGUCCAACUUAUGGAUAUUAAAUCAAACAACAAUAGAUGGAACUGGCUCAUGCCUAUUCAAAAGAAUGGCAUUACUUUAGCCAAACAGGUUUUGUUCAACCAAUGUGUGUCAAAUAAUGGCACAUUGCAGUUUAUUGCAAAGACAACAUUGAAGUAUGUAAAGGAAUUUGGUGAAAGAGCGACACAACUCAAUACUGUAUACGCUUUCUUCUGUCAGACAGCUAUUGGUGUUAUGGAUUCCAGCAAGAAAGUCACCGAAGCUAUUAUUAAUGCAUUAUUGCCUACCAUUAUAAAGGCAAUUGAAUCGCCACUUGUAGAUUUUAGAUCUUCUGCAUAUGUUACUCUGGGAUACUUGUUCACAAAAACGAGUUUAAAAGAGGAUACCCUGAACGAAAUAAUCUUGAAACUUUUGACUACCGAGUUUGAUAUUUCAAUUGACGUAGCAAUUCUUAUUACAAUGGUCUACGAGAAGCAGAGCCACAUGAAGAAAAUGUCUGAAGAUAUAUUAAAUGAUAUGUCUAUCGAUAUCAUGAAUUCAUUAUGCGGUCAUAUUAAGAAGUUGGUUGAAAAACGCCACAAGAUUAGUGCAUUUUUAUUAGCAUUCUUGUCCAGUGUUUUACCAUUGAUUACCGGUGAAGACUAUUGGAGGUACUGUAAGCUACCUGAAAUUUUGAUAGGUGAAAUUGACUUGAAGCAGCAGAAGCCAGAAUUGAUUAUCAAGUGUGUCCUCGACUCCUUCCAACCUAAAAAUACAAGUACAACCACAGAUGAUGAUGGGAGUGACGUGGAAAUUAUUGAUGAAGAUGACAAUGCCAGCAAAGUUUUCAACUGGUACGCCCUAUUCUUAAAGAACCUCGAGCGUCAAUACCCAGACGCUUUCGACAAAGUGGUCAAAAAAGAAAUGAGCUCCAACAGCAAGAAUACCAAAAAAAGACGGAAUCAGCUCUCAAAAUUGUUGGGCUUCAAACCAGCAGUCGCACAUAAGGUCGGUGAUACAUAUCUCUUCGAAAACCUUAACCAUGUCAAUGCGAAAUUGAGAGUAGAAGCGGUCAAAUACAUUGCUAAAGAAUUUGAAGCAUUGAAGACGGAACAUGCUGAUUUUGUCAAAGAAUCUAUCAUUAACAGGUUAAAUGAUGAUAAUCCUGAAGUUGUAAACACAGCCUUGGAUAUCCCUACUAAAUACUUAAAGGACAUUUUUGAUGAAGCUGAUGCUACCAGCACUUUUGUCGCUAUUGUUGGAAAAGGAUCUAAGAAAUGGAAAAGUAUUGUCAAAAAGGCUGUUACAACCUUUUGCUCUACUGAGACUUUGCCUGUCAAUCAAGAAACAGUUUUAGCUUUAGUGCCUUAUUUAUUCCCAAGUGAUGCGGAAUCUGCUAAACUGACUUGGCAGAUACUAACAUCGGCUUGGGGUAAGAAAUUUGGUCUUUCGAACAAAACAAAAGAUCUUAAAGGAUCCAUAAAAGGAGACCAUGCUAAACUAUGCGAAGUUAUAUUCAAAGCACUCUUUGUUGAUAGAACUCUGAACUUGGAUGAAAUCCUUGAUGAAAAUCAGUUGAAUAAGGGAAAUACUUUGGACGUCUGCUUUUACAUGUUGUUAAAAAGCAGUUCCCUUAAGAGCGCCACAGUGGAAGAAGUUUCAGCCAUACUAAAUGUGCUUUUGGAAUCUGUAGAAAAUAGAUCCAUAGUCCACAGUUCAGAAGGACAAGUAUUCUCCAGCCUUAUCAUGCCAGAAUUCAUAAAGCUCUGUCGUCAGAAUAAUAUGCUUUUCCAAAUUAUUGAGUUUAUUUUCUCUCGAGUGAUUGAGGAUAUGAAUGUGACCAACAUUCCUAAACCGUGGUGUGAUGUUUGUAAAACUCCAGAGACGAUCCUUAUUAGGAGACUAUACGAGAUUUGUGUGAUCGGAUGUGCGAUUCCAAGCUACGGUGAAAACUAUGUCGCUCUACUUCAGAAAUUGUUGGAGAAAUUUUUCAAAAAUCCUCGAGAGAAAUUCGAGUUUAUUACGAACUUUGCUUGUGGACAUAUCUUGUAUGCGACCGACCCUAAGGACGUUAUUGGACCGGAGUUGCAAAUUAGAAGUAUUAAAUUGCUCACCAACUUCCUAGCUGUACAAGAUAAAGCGACUUGGCUGCAUGACUCUGAUGUUGUGGUCCUAACUAUUUUGUUGUGUUUAAACAAUCCAUUAAGUGCUAUUCGUGAAUUGUCAAUUGAUUUCGUUAAUAAGUUAAUGAGAGAAGAACCGGAUAAGAAAUUAGUAUACGUCCAAUUGUUUGAAGAGUUAUUGUCGCAUAAAGAAGAAAUGUUACUCGACCAUAACCAAGUAAAACAUGUUCUAAAUACGAUACUGACUCAGAAAGACCAGAAGAAGCUGUUCAGGCGCAACUGCCUUUUAAAAUUGGUUGGUAUAUUGAACUCUGGAGCACCAUCGCAUAUUAAGUCCAGUUUCCUCAAAAUUCUUUGCGAAGUCAAGAAUGCCACCGCAUUCCCGCACAUUGUACAGGCUUUGAAACCUUUAGAAGAGACUUUGCAACAAAAUACUCUGAAUACAAAGUUCAUAUUUGAUAUUUAUGAGUCUAAUAUGUUCAAGAGCGUGUAUGACCAUAUUACUGAGUCUACUAUUAGUACAUUCUCAAAUGAACAAGUCUGGAGUUCUAUAGAAAUAGGUUUGAAAGAAUAUCGAGAGUGCAUCUUACAAGAGGACCAAUCAUUCGUUAGUCCAUCUGUUCUGAUAAUGAAGCAGAUAGACGAAGAUGUUUUCAAUAAAGUGCCAGAAGAAAAAUGUAAUGGUUUAGUGCACUUGAUCGCUUGUGCUGGCGCGGUCAGCAACAAUCCAUCAAUAUCGAGUGUAGCUUCGAAAGUUAUGAAGAAAAUUCAUCUGAAAUUCAGUCACUUCAAACCUAUAUUGGAAAAAAUGUUGAAUGUAGUGGAUCCAGCUGAGAAUGUGUCCAAGAAAAAGAAGUCGUCAGUCUCUAUGCUUUCUCACCAGGUAACAGAAACCGACGACUGGCGUUUGGGAGUUGCUUUCCUCGAAUUUGUUCAGAGUAAGAAGAAAAUGAAGUUGGACAACACUUUCGUUUCGCUUCUGUUCCAAAUAUUAAACAAGUGCUUGAGAUUCGAAGAACAAUCUUACGUGGAAUAUACCAAACAGCUCAUUCUUUCAUCCCUGUGGUAUUAUUGCAAGAAAUUCGUUGACGAAAAGGACAAGGAACAAAUGAAGUCUCUUAAAUCCGUGUUUAAUGUUGAACUAGCUGUGCAGUGUAUCAGAGGUACUCAAAACCCUCAGACACAUCACCAUGCUCUCAUUCUCUUGUCCCACGCUGCAUUCAUGUUACCAGAGCAAGUUCUUCACCACACGAUGGAAAUAUUCACGUUCAUGGGCACAUCAGUUCUUAGACACGAUGACGCGUACAGUUUCCAGAUUAUUAUCAAAAUUAUUGAGACAUUGAUACCCAUCCUGGUGAAAUUGGACAAGAGUAUUGGAGACCAUACUGAAAAAGAGCUCGAACAGUUACAAAAUCGUGUUGUUCCAGUUUUGCGUAUAUUUGCUGAUUGCGUGCUACAUGUACCGGAGCAUAGGAGGCUUCCUUUGUUCAAAAAGCUGAUUGAAACCCUAGGACCCAGUCAAUUCCUAUGGGUUUUCCUUGCUUUACUUUUGGAGACUCACGUCGCCCACUUUAGCGAGGAGAAAAAGGUAGACAAGCGUAAUUCAAGAGCCUUAGCGGACCAAGAAGCACCUAUCAACCGCAUUGAUUUUGGACAGAGCAUCGUGCUAGAGUUCCCACCAGAAGUCGCUUUAGAGAACUUCAUAAAACUGAUCAUUUAUAUUAAAUCCCUGCCUUUGCAAAAGGAUGAGAGUGUUAUGGACACUGAUGUAGACCCAAGCGACAUAUUCAGCGUGGCUGGACAUUCUCCACUGCAAUUACGACACUACAAAUACAUGGUAAUCACGUUUAUGAACACCUGCCUGGCUUCAUCCAGGUUCAUUCAGCAUAGCAGCCAAGUGACUGACGAGAAAGCAAUGGAGACUCAUUACAAGACCUUCAUUAUCAAUAUUCUGACGUUCAUCCAAACAAUUUCUAAGGUCUCCGAUGAUAAGACGGCUAAAUAUUGGCGUGUUAUGUUGCAUCAUAGCUACGAUUUAUUAGAUCAUACGAACAACCUGCUCUCUGCUCCAAUGUUCCUCUCUGUCGUCAGAGGCCUUUUGAAACAUACUUUACAAACCGUGAGAAGGAAGUCCAUGGAACUACUGAACUCCAAAAUCCAAUUCAGUCCAGAAUUGUUUGAGGGUGUUGAAAAAGAUUUGCUUUUCUCGUUGUUGCCACCUCUAUUGGAUAUUGUCAAGACGAUUGAGGUUCGAGAUGAGAAUUUGAGCGAGAUAGCUGCUCAGGAACUGGAGUUGAACCAGCAAACAGCUUUACUGUCUUUGAAGUUGUUGACUAGAAUGCUGGCAUCAGAGAAUCCUGAGCCAUUUAAGGAUGUGCUGGAGACAGUUACGGACUAUACUUGUAAUCCUAACAUUGCUGGUAAUGUUAUGGCCUCUGUUGUCUUGUGUUUGGCGGAAUUGUGCAGUAAUCUAAAGGCCCAUGCUUUGGCCAGCCUUCGGAAGUUCAUGCCAGCACUUAUCAAGGUGCUGAAGAAGCAGCGAAAGGCAGAAACCCAAGAACUUGUGCUACUCAGUACAGUAACAGCCAUUGCGAAGAUUGUGGAAAGUCUACCACUAUUCCUGAGCCCUUACUUGCAGAAAAUAUUAUACGAGUAUUCCAUCUUACUGGCUAAAUGGCAGAGUCUAGACCAGGAGUGCUCCAAAGUUUCUGCAAUAGUAUCAAAAUUGUUGACUAUUAAGAAGAAAAUUGCUGGAUCUAUACCGCCCAGGGUUCUUAUCCCUGUGGUUAAUCAGACUCAUCAAAUGCUUCUGGAGAAGGAGGACUUUGAUGCUGUUGGUCCGGUGAUGUCAGUAUUAGCUGACAGCUUUGCUAACGUCACUACAGCAGAUUUCACAGCUCUUCAGCAAGAUCUAACAUCAUUCUUCUUGACGGCCCUACAAUUAAGAAGUGAUGCGGUUGUAAAAGAUGUCAGUGCUGACGUCAUUGACAGAGCUGAAGAUGAGGUAGUGAAUGCCCUUGUAUGCCUCGUUCUGAAGCUUUCGGAAACCAGCUUCAGACCGUUCUAUUUCAAGAUCUAUGAUUGGGCUAUAAGGACUAACGUUGAAGGACAGAAAGAUCGGGCAAUCACUUUUUAUAGACUAAGCUCUGCGAUCGCAGACAAACUAAAAGGCCUGUUCGUUCUCUUCGCUGGACACUUCAUCAAAAACGCAUCAGACCUCCUUGAUUCCUGCAACAACAGCAAAACUGAGGACUUGUACUUUGAAUCUGAAGAUAAAUGCUUGGCUUUAGUCAAGUAUAUUGUCAAAACUCUUCAUACAGUCUUCCUAUAUGAUAGUCAGAGUUUCCUAAACAAGGACAGGUUUGAAACUCUUAUGCAACCUGUGGUGGACCAGUUGGAGAACACGUUGGGAGGUAUUCAGAACCUUAAGUCAAGGGCUACAGAGUAUCUGAUCCCUUGUGUGUCGCAAUUUGCUGUUGCUACGGCUGAUGAUUCGUUGUGGAAGCUGUUGAAUUAUCAGAUUCUGUUGAAGACGCGGCAUAAUGAUGCUGAGAUCAGAUUGACAGCCCUAGACUGUCUCGUCGCUAUGGCAACGCAAUUAGGCAGUAGCUGGUUACCGCUUCUGGCUGAGAGUGUGCCAUUCCUCGCUGAACUUCUAGAAGAUGGUGACUCAAGAAUAGAAGCAUCUACUAAAGAUGCAAUCAGGAAACUCGAACAAAUCUUGGGAGAACCGCUUGAAAAAUACUUUUAAGUGUAUUAUAUAAUUUUUUUAUUGACAUUUAUUAAAUUUUAAUA